GGGCCAGUCAUCUGGCGGUGUUGGUGAAUGUGUGUUGGUAGUCGGAGUUACUCGCCUUUUUUUUCCGUACGUGGUGGGUGCAGGUUUUACCUUCGCUCCUAAGAAUAAAAGGUAAUGGAGACUGAACAACAGGAGGAAACCUUUACCAACACAGAGACAAAUGGCAAACGUCCUGCAGAAGAUAUGGAAGAAGAACAGGCCUUCAAAAGGUCUCGGAAUACAGAUGAAAUGGUUGAAUUGCGCAUUUUGCUUCAAAGCAAAAAUGCUGGAGCAGUGAUUGGAAAAGGUGGCAAAAAUAUUAAGGCACUUCGUACAGAUUACAAUGCAAGUGUUUCAGUCCCAGACAGCAGUGGCCCUGAGCGUAUCUUGAGUAUAAGUGCAGAUACAGAGACAAUUGGAGAAAUCUUGAAGAAGAUUAUCCCUACUUUGGAAGAGUACCAGCACUACAAAGGUAGUGACUUUGACUGUGAAUUAAGACUUCUAAUUCACCAAAGUCUAGCAGGAGGAAUUAUUGGUGUCAAGGGUGCUAAAAUCAAAGAACUCAGAGAGGUACUAGAUCUUAUGUCUUAUGACCGAAGAGGUAGACCUGGAGACCGGUACGAUGGAAUGAUGAUGCAGUGUCAUGUAGAUGCCUGUGAUGACAUGCAGCCACCAGAGUUGUUUGAGGGUGGCUCUGGAUAUGACUAUUCUUACACAGGGGGCCGUGGUUCAUAUGGAGAUCUUGGUGGACCCAUCAUCACAACACAAGUAACAAUUCCUAAAGAUUUGGCAGGUUCUAUUAUUGGAAAGGGAGGCCAGAGAAUCAAACAAAUACGUCAUGAGUCAGGAGCUUCAAUCAAAAUUGAUGAACCACUAGAAGGCUCAGAAGAUCGAAUAAUAACUAUUACAGGAACGCAGGACCAGAUACAAAAUGCUCAGUAUUUACUGCAGAACAGUGUGAAGCAGUAUGCAGAUGUUGAAGGAUUCUAAUGCAAGAUUAUUUUUUCUUUUUUAUAGUGUGAAGCAGUAUUCUGGAAAGUUUUUCUAAGACUAGUGAAGAACUGAAGGAGUCCUGCACCCUUUUUUUUUUUAUCUGCUUCUGUUUAAAAAGCCAACAUUCCUCUGCUUCAUAGGUGUUCUGCAUUUGAGGUGUAGUGGAA